AUGGGAAACAGAGACGGAAAUCAAGUGGAGGCCGAUUUUGCUCGUCUAGGAUUACCUGAUAAGAGAGUCUUCUCGAUCGAUCAAUUCGAACUGUUCGUCAACGAGGCGAUUCGCGAGAUUUUCGGUAGCUGCGGACCGAUUGUGAAGAUCUCUGAAUACGACGCCAGUCUGCGUCGUGGAUCCGUCGUCGCCCCCGGCAACGAAAUUCAACAAGUGUGGGCGGCGCUCUCGGCGAAAGGCCAAUUCCAAGGACAACGUAUCGCCGCACAUCUUCAUACUAUGUCUCUCGCCUGGCUAGUGCUCUUCCCAGUCGCCGCGUUCGUUAUCUUCCUCGUCGUCGUUCUUUUCAUCUUCUUCUCUAUCCCAUCUCGUCGCGACUUCCCGUUCUUCCGUCGCCAUGCAAUUGUCACCGGUGGAUCCAAAGGAAUCGGAUACCAAUUGGCUGUUGGACUGAUUGAAAGGGGAUGUCAUGUGACGAUUGUGGCGAGAAAUGUUAAGGAUCUCCAGAAAGCCUGUGAAGAACUUCAAAUUCUGGCUGAUCAGCGCGGACAACAACAAAAAGUUCAAUGGAAAUCUAUCGACAUGACCGCAGACUACGAUGUUAUCAAGGCGGCAUUCGAUGAAUGUGCUAAGGAACUCGGUCCCAUUGAUAUCCUCAUCAACAACGCUGGUCACAGUGUCCAAGCCCCAUUCUGUGAUCUUCCAGCCACGGAUUUCGAGAAACAAAUGAGAGUCAACUAUCUGAGUGCUGUCUAUGCCACUCGUGCUGUUGUCGACGACAUGAAGGCCAGAAAAACCGGACAUAUUUCAUUCGUUUCGUCGGCUGCCGGACAGUUUGCCAUCUUUGGAUACUCGGCGUACUCGCCAACCAAAUUCGCACUCCGUGGAUUCGCUGACACUCUUCAUAUGGAGCUGUUACCGUAUAAGGUCAAUGUGGCAGUGUUGUAUCCACCCAAUACGGAUACCGAGGGAUUCAAGCUGGAACUCGAAACGAUGCCAGAAGAAACCAAACUGAUGAGCGACGCCGCAGGCCUCUUCACACCGAAACACGUCGCCGAAGCUCAUCUGAAAGACAUCGCUGACGGAAACUACACUACUACCAUCGGCCUGGAUGGGUGGAUGCUUGGAUGUCUGACUGCUGGAGCGUGUCCUGAAAAGUCUCUAUUUCGUGCGUUGACCCAAUCCGCUCUCGCUGGAGUCUUCCGCGCUAUCACUCUAGUUUAUCUUGGAUAUUUCAAUGGAAUCACGAAGAAGUGCUACAGAAGACGUUUGGCGUGGACCGAGGAGCCGAAAGAGGAAGAAGAGAAGAGGGAGUAG